AUGUUCGGUGUGGGCAGCGCAGGCGCCGUGAAGGCGAGCAGGCUUCUCUAUGUCACCCAUGGAGUUCGGCGGCGUAAAGCUCUGCGUGGCAGCCAUCUUGGAAAAAGCACUCCCUGCCCCCUACCCCACGGCACCACCACGCUGGCCUUCCGGCUGGCCCAGGGUGUGGUGGCAGCGGCUGACACCCGCUCGUCCUGCGGCACCUACGUGGCCUGCCCAGCCUCCCGCAAGGUGCUGCCCGUCCAUGCCCGGCUGCUGGCCACCACCUCGGGGACCUCGGCCGACUGUGCCACGUGGCUGCGGGCCCUGCGCUGCCAGCUGGCCCUGCGGCGCCAGGAGGACGGGCGGGAGCCGGGCGUGGCCGAGGCGGCGGCGCUGCUGGCGGGCGGGCUGCGGGCACAGCGGGGACGCGGGCUGUGCGUGGCUGUGGCGCUCUGCGGCUGGGACCGCGCCGGCCCUGGCCUCUGGUACGUCUACAGCGACGGCACCCGCCUGCCCCUGGACGUGGUGGCCGUGGGCUCGGGCUCGCCCUACGCCUACGGGCUGCUGGACGGGGCCUACUGCCCCGACAUGCCGCCUGCCGCUGCCUACGCCCUGGCUCGCUGCGCCGUGGCCCACGCCGCCCGCCGCGACGCCUACUCCGGGGGCUGCGUUGACGUCUUCCACGUGCGCCAGAGCGGCUGGGUCUGGGUGUCCCACAGCGACGCGCCGGGAAGUGGGCGUGGUCAAGUGGCAUGCCCAUGGCAUGGCUGGAAGGUGGGCGUGGCCUCGCUGGCAUGA